GGGAAUCUUCGAGACCAUGCAUACAUUUUACAAACUUUGAUGGAACUUUGAAUUGUAUUUGUGUGACGUCAGUCUAUGGUAUUGUUAAUCAACGGCGUAGCUGCACGUGAAUACUACCCUGGCCUGAUUUAUGUCGACAUAAAAUCGAACACUUCAAUAGGCACGCGUUUUCUUCAGUGACUGCCGUUUGUAGCGUGUCAAUGCCUCUCGCCAUGGCUGCAUUGGUGAGUCGCUAAGACUGCCAAGCCCGUGAAUGUAUUUUGACAACCUGCUAUAGGGAGUUGCACACAUGAGACGUAACUGUGUUCAGUUCUCCAUACAUGUGUACAAUGUCACAGUAGGUUGAAAUGAAUGUUGAAGUGUUCACCCAGUGGUGAUAUACCUGACUUACCCAACACGUACGGAGGCCUAUGUACCAGUAUAGCUCUGUUGUAUUGGGAUGUGCAUACCCCGAAUUUGAACCGAGUGUGAACUGAAUGUAAUAGAGGAAAGAGUGACAAAUCUGCACGUGGACUUCAGUCUAUCCGUGACAUGAUACACCCAGGGCCAGCUAAUGCCACGCCAUGGAUAGCGAGAGGUUAGACAAUGUUGAGGUCACGAUCGAGUUCAUUGACAUGCAGGAAAUAGUCCGGCAGUUGGAGAUGGACUACGCCGCUGCUAAAAGUGCAUUUCUUUUUCGAAAAUAUGGCAUGUUGAAAGCUAUGUUGAAGACAGCAAUAACAGCCAUCAAUCAAAGCUACUAUUCCAAGGAGAGACCACGGGGUUAUUUUGCAAGAGCAUUAGCGAACCGACGUCAGCGAAAGAAAGAAGUGCUGGCCAUUUCUAUCGAAGAGGUCGAGGCAGACAGUUGCUUGAAGCGAGAGAGGAUCAGCACCAUCCGGAAUCUGGACGUAGAAUAUGAAAGUUCCAAACGGUCUUUACCUCCUUGGAGGUAUGGGAAAUUGAAAACAAUGGCGAAACACGUCAUCACUUUGAAGAACUUGGAAUGAGGGACACAAUAAAUCAAGAUUUUUGACCGAUCAUCAUCUUGUGAAGUGCAACAACUUCAUUGGUAUAGCAUCUUCGUAGACGCUUCCAAACCCCACAUUCGUGCUUAUAACACACCUGCCUCGAGUGUGGCAGAAGUACUGAGAUGUACGACCGAGGGAACUGUGGUCCCUCUCUUCAUUGUGCCCCCUCCCAGGGAAACCUUGCUGCCACAAGCGGUAUUAGUCCCCCACUGUGGAUCAGUAAUCGCUACAAGAAAUAUCAGAGACAGUGUCAGUGUGUGUUCCUAUUUCACGUUGUUUUAAACACCGAGUAAAAUUAAGACAACCUUCAUUAUUUUUACUUUUACGUGUUUCAUUUUGUCAAAAUUAUGCUUCAUUUUUGUUAGAAAAUAUAUGGUUGCUGGCGACAGGCUGUUUGUAAAGGUGGGAGGUGUUGAUGUCGCUCGAGGAAUGGAUACUGUAAAUAUGUUUAAAUCUAUUUACUGUAAAAACAUUUCUAAUUAAGUUUUAUACAUAUGUUGUAACAUACAAGUCGUUUUAAAUAAACGAGGGAGAAAUCUAUAAAACCCUGCUGUAUAUAUCCAAGCGGAAUGGAAGACGUUAUCAACAGUAGUGAUCUAGACGUGAAACAGGAAAACACUCGACAACUGAUGACACGUCAGGACCAAUGUGAAGAUCUGGGUUAGAAUUGGUCCUCAGCAACCCAUGCUUGUUUCCUGUGAAGAUCAGGGUUACAAUAGGUCUUCAGCAACCCAUGCUUGUUUCCCGUGAAGAUCAGGGUUAG